AUGGUCCCCAACGCCACGCAAUCCGAAACGUAUCGUGCCACAGCGAGUGUGCGGCGGCUGUCGAUGCUGGGCUCGUCAGCUGUCACCUCUAUCAAUCAAAUACAGAUGCGUCCGACUUCCCCUGAAGUGAUCUCCAGCCUCAUCACAUCGUUGUCAAGCAUUAGAACAUCACAGGCAUUGGACCAGAGCGUCCCGUCGCCGCACGAUUCGCUACCUUCCCCGCAUCCUAAACCAGCUGCUAGAGGACAGCUUCUUUCUCAGACUUAUGGUGAUACGUGCUCCACAAUUGCAGAUUUCGAAAUUGACAACAAUCUAUAUCAUAACUCUGCCAUGCAACGAGAGAUGUGGGGAGAAAACUCACUAGAUGAUUUAGCGGCAUCACCGCCAGUCAUAAGGACAGGGAAAUCUCCAUCGUGCCACCCCGUUACUCUUAUGCCUAAGGUGCCGCCGCAAAAUUUCUCUUCUCUAAGAAACUUAUUUGGAUCCAAAUCAAGACCAUCUUCGAGACCUUCUUCCAAGGACUCUGACCUGAUUGAGACUAGGAGUAUUGGUAAUUUAAGUAUCGAACCUGGAUAUGUGUCCUCCGAAUCGAGACGUGGGUCGACAGACACAUGGGGAAAGAGACAGAGGCGGUUAAUUUAUACCAAUUCAAAAGAAAAGCUCCGCGGACAGGAACAGGAACGAAAGAAGUGUUCGACUGCUAAUGGUGACAUUCGAAGCGGACGGAAACGACUCAGUACAACUUCAUCUUUCAUGGACCAGAAUGCGAUCGGAGAAGAAUUCGAAGCAAGUUGCGAUUGGGGUGCAGCGGAUCUCAAUGUUACCAUUCCAAAGCGAGAAUCUUCUCUGCUGAACCCCAAAUUCUCCACGCAAAUUCCACCUAGACCAAGUCAGACAAAAGUACGCGAGGUAAAGACUGAAGCGUCAGUCCCUCACUAUGAUAAUCAUGAAGUUUGCGCGAAUGAGGUAGCAGGUAACGAAACAACCUCUGCGGCUCAUAUUCAGUAUUUGGAAACAGUGGAUUAUCUUCUUACAGACCAUCCAUCGUUGCUAUGUAAAAUUCAACCGAAAUCAUCUCCACCAUCACCACUAUCAGACACGGACCAAUCAUUAACAAACCAAGCCGGUCCAGAUAUGAUUGUUCCAGAAUUAAUCCCCAACUUUCGGAAAUCUCGAAGAUCAGGAAACUCGAAUUCAUCCAGACAAACGCGGAAUUCAAAAGUCGUUGCCGCUGAAACAAAUAUAGUAGAUGAGCGUCCAUCAAGCGCUGAUUCCAUAGAUCAUGACGUCGAGGAGUACGUCUCUUCCCCUAGGCUAUCGCAGAAAAUACGGCAUCCACAAACCGGAAGAAUAAUAUCGUUUUCAGAAGUUGGCGAUGCUGAAGGGUUCGCAGUUUUCUGCUGUGUGGGCAUGGGUCUGACACGUUACAUCACUGCAUUUUAUGAUGAGCUAGCAUUAACGUUGAAACUCCGCCUUAUCACUCCAGAUCGCCCCGGAGUCGGAGGUAGUGAGCCCUAUGCCAAUGGAACAGCUACUCCCCUAAGCUGGCCAGACGAUGUGUAUGCAAUAUGUCAAGCGCUUAAAAUCACAAAAUUCUCAAUACUAGCACACUCAGCAGGGGCUAUUUACGCUUUAGCAACUGCCCUUCGUAUGCCCCAACACAUUCGUGGACGUGUACAUCUUUUAGCUCCAUGGAUACCUCCCUCUCAGAUGAGCGUAAUAGGUGGUCAAGUUGGCAUGCCACCAAUUCACUCGCUUCCUACUUCACAACGUAUUUUACGAGCCCUUCCCACACCUUUCUUAAAGGCUGCCAACUCUAGCCUAAUGGGUGUUACGCGUAGCUCUAUGACAAGUAGUCUUCCUAAGCAACGUCGCGUCAAGAGAAGGUCAAUGGGACGCGAUAGUUCUGGGCAACCUGUUCGCAACUCUGCUUCACCUGGCAUAGAAAGAGAAACAGUAACGAGAAACUCUCUGGGGUUUUUGGAUGCAACAGAGAUGUCAUUUCGCAACUUGAACGUUACAGAUCUCGAUUCUGAUGCUGCUAUUCUGGCAGCAGCCGCCAACACGCUUGCAGUCCAAGAGCGGCAGAAUAUAUACGAGUCCAGACUUACAAACGCCAUCUGGAAUUUGGCAACCCAGGGUGCUAAUCCAGCGAUUGACUUACUUGUUUGUCUAGAAAGAAGGCACACUAUUGGCUUCAGAUAUGUUGAUAUUACACGAUCUGUUGUGAUUCAUCACGGUAGCAAGGAUACUCGAGUACCUCUAGAAAACGUGAGGUGGAUGGGCAAAACAAUGAAGAGAUGCGACGUGCGUGUUCUCGAGGGCGAGGGUCACAGCUUAAUGGCAUCUGCUUCAAUUAUGAGUAGUAUACUGACGGAGAUAGCGAUGGAGUGGGAAGAUUGGAUGAAAGUCACGAGUAUAACGUCUGGGCAUCGAGGCGAGGGAAAGCCAAGGUCGUCGAGAGAAGUUACUAGCGCAGGAGUUCUAUAA